AUGAACAAGCUCGCCUCCGGCGGCGUGACGCUGACGUCCUUCUACGCGUCGCCGACGUGCACGGCGUCGCGCGCGGCGCUCUUCACGGGCAAGUACCCCAUGCACUUGGGACUUCAAGAUUCCGUCAUCCACCCGUCCGAGCCGCGCGGCGUCCCUCUCAAGGAGACGUUCCUCUCGCAGAAGCUCAAGGACGCGGGCUACGGCACGGUCUUCGUCGGCAAGUGGCACCUGGGCUUCCACCAGGCGGCCUACACGCCGUCGCAGCGGGGCUUCGACGAGUUCUUCGGCAUCCUGACGGGCGGCGGCGACCACGUGGCGCACGCGUCCACCGAAUCCUUCGCGAUGCGCGGGCCCGACUACAAGUCGAAGAUCACGACGAUGACGGGGUCGAACCUGUGGCACAACGGCCGGCCCGUCGGCGAGGACGAGGAGGGCGUCCGGGACACGCACUCGACGCACCUCUAUACGGCGAAGUCGCGCGCGUACGUCGCGAAAUACGCGGAAAUGGCCGACGUGCCCCUCUUCCUCACCGUGUCCUACCAGGCUGUGCACGCGCCCAUCCAGGUGCCCGACGAGUACGUCGACGGGUCCGCCUACGCGAACGGCUGCGAAUCGCUACGCGCGGGCUCCGCGUCAGCGACGCGGCUCCGGCGCCAGCUCUGCGGCAUGGUCUCCAUGGUCGACGAGAGCCUCGCGUCGAUCCACGACGACCUCAAGGCCGAGGCCAUGUGGGAGAACACGCUCCUCUUCUUUUUGUCGGACAACGGCGGCAUCCUCCGGCACGGGUCGUCGAAUUUGGACCUCCGGGGCGAGAAGGGCUCCUACUACGAGGGCGGCAUCCGCGUGCCCGCCUUCGUCUCCGGCGGCUACCUCGCCAAGCUCCUGAGCGCCGGGCGCGUCUUCGAGGGGCUCGUCCACAUCACGGACCUGCACGCGACGGCUUUACGCGUCGCGGGCGUCUCCUCGAAGGAGGACAAGCGCGCGGCGCCCGCGGUCGCCGCGGCCAAGGUCGGCCACCUGCGGCGCCUCGAGCCGGGGCAGCAGCCCCAGUCCUACGCCGAGACGGCCCUCGACGACGUGCUGUCGCACGAGCACCUCACGGACUCGCUCGACGGCGUCGACCAGUGGGACGCGUUCGUCUCCGGCGCGUCCGCGGCCGCGUCCCAGCGGACCCACGUCGCCCACAACAUCAACAGCGAGCUCUUCGGCGCCGCGGGCGCGUUGCGCGUCGGCGAGUACAAGCUCAUCGUCGAGGCGCGCGUCACGGAGAGCGAGAUCUACGAGUACGGCCAGCACAUGCUCCAGGACGACAACUGGGACCAGAGUGAGCUGUCCCAGGUCAUCCACCAGAAGCUGCUCCGCACGCCGGGCACCACGUCCCUCUUCGACGUCGUCGCGAACCCGAACGAGCUCGACGAGGAGGACUGCGACGACGCGCGGAGCUGCCGCAAUUUGUACGACCUCGACGAGUUCGCCGACGUCAAGGCGACGAUCCUCGAGAAGUGGGCCGAGCUCCGCGACUCGACGCCGGAGUCCACGGAGAUCUGGCUCGACGACGGGCCCCUCGCGGACCCCGCGCUCUUCGGCGGCGUGUGGACGCCGUGGCGCGACGACCUCGGCAUGCCCUACGCGACGUACCAGCUCGCGACGAAGACGGUCCACAACACGCUCGGCGGCGACAACAAGCCCAAGCCCGCCGAGGCCGCCGAGGCGUCCGCGGAGCAGACGAACGCGGGCCACAACCGGCGCCUCGCCGAGGCCCGGGGGGGCGGCGGCGUCUCCGCCGCCACCCUGGCGCUCGGCGCGGCGCUGGGCUACGCCGGGGCGCAGCUGCGGCGGCUGCUCUUGCCACUCGCGCUCGCGCCCAUGUUCGCGCUCCCGCGCCCGCGCAGCCCCAUCCGCACGCCGACGCUCCACAAAACCAUCGCGCCGCCACUGCUCGAGGUCGCGUGCCUGCGCGGCGGCGGCGGCGGCGUCUCCGCCGUCGAGAUCAUCGACGCGCUGAAGAGCGCCGCCGCCGCCUGGUUCGCCGCAUCCGUCGUCUACCUGACGACGCUCCAGUGGAGCGAUACGCGCCAGAGCGCGUCGCAACGGCCGCUGCCCGAUCUGGGGUUCCAGUUCGUGCCCGCGGUCGCCGGCGCGGGCGCGGCCGCGGACGUGCUGGGCAGCGCCAUGGCCCUCUACCUCGUGGGGACGGGCAUCUUCGGCGGCGCCGCGGGCCUCGAGUGCUUCCGCCGGAGCCUCGUCUACUGCGCGGGCGGCAUGCUCUUUUCCGCCUCGCUUCACACAGCGACGACGCUGCCCGACAGCGACCCCGCGCCGCCGGCGCCCGACGCGCUCGAGCGCGCGCACAGGCGCUUCGGCGGCUCGCGCGUCGGGCGCCUCGCGGCGGGCCUGGGCCGCUUCGCCAAGUUCGUGCAGCGCUUCAUGGGCGGCGCGACGGACAAGUUGAUGUCGAACCACGUCUACAACACGGGGCUGGCCGCGCACUUCAUGGCCGUCCGCGGCGUCAUCCCGCGCUUCUGCGUGCCGCUGUGGGUCGCGGGCGGCGUCGCGGGCUACUCCGUCCUCAUCCUCGCGUCGCGGUGCCACUACACGGCGGACGUCGUCCUGUCCUGGUGGGCCCUCGCGGCCGUCUGCGCCUACGACGCGGGCUGCCCCGGCGCGUAA